AGAAGGAUGAGGACAGUACAAUUAGGUAUUUAGAGAGAGAGAUCACAUUCACAUACCUUUAUUAUGCACCUGGCAACUACCAUUCUGUUUUCUAUAUCUAUGAUUUUUACUACUCUACGUAUCUCAAGAGUCCUAUCCAAAGAAGAGGAAUUACACUAUGGAAAUUGUACCAUCUGCUUCUCUCGAUACAUUUCCUUCAGAAAAUGAGAACUUUCUAUGUGAUCUAACGGACAUAGCAGUUACAAAGAAACCUUGCUCCUUAGAAAUUGCAAGGGCCCCUUCUCCAAGAACUGAUAAUGCAUCUGAGGUAGCAAUUACUGCUCCAGGAAGUAGUAACCAUAGAAACAGCUCAACAGGCCCAACACCCGACUGCUCACCUCCAUCCCCUGACACUGCCCUCAAAAAUAUUGUAAAAGUUAUUCGACCCCAGUAUAAUAGUUGUCUCCUCCUGCUCAGAGGUUAGAAAAAUCUUCUUGAGGUUGUACAACAUCUGUAUGAGGAUGGAACUUACAAGUUCAUUUUGGCAAGGUAACAUUUCACAGUGUCCAACUGUGUGGAAGAGAAAGUGUCUUCAAAGAUCUCUUCUUUUCUUCCAGAAAAAUUUGAUCUACUUCAUUUGCUUCAAGACAUAAACCUCAUUAAAGCCAGAUUUAGAUGCUAAA